AUGCACGCCCUCAGUGUCCUGACUGCCGGUGCUGCCCUUCUCUCCGGAGUUGUGGCUCACCCCCACGACAUGUCGGCUCAUGAGAUGACCCGCCGCGGCGGCCUCUCGAAGCGCUGUGAAUCGUCCGUGGCGGCCCUCAACAAGCGCCGCUGGGAGAAGCGCAACGCCAUGAUGAACAAGCGCGCAUCCUCUGGCAACACGACCUUUACCAUCACCACUGAAGCUCCUUACUACGAUGUGCUCCAGAACGACACGUGUAUUUUGACCGAGGACGUCACCGGUGGCCCCUACAUCUGGCCCCAGUCCCAGACUCUGCGCCAGGACAUUCGUGAGGGCGAGGCCGGUGUUCCCAUGAUUCUCGACAUUGGUGUCUUGGACGUUGAGACUUGCGAGCCUCUUCCCAACGUGCUUGUCGACAUCUGGCACUGCAACGCCACCGGCUCGUACAGCUCCUUCACCGGCCUGGACCCCAACACUCCGUUCGAAACUCUGCUCGAGCAGCUGAACGUCACCAUUGGUCCCGAUCUGGAUCUGCACACUGAUGACACCACCUUCCUGCGCGGAAUCUGGCCCACCAACAGCGAGGGUAUCUCCGAGUUCACCACCAUUGUGCCCGGCUUCUACGUGGAGCGCACCAUCCACAUCCACGUGCAGGUGCACGAGAACUACGUGAUCCGGGGCAACGGCACCGUGGCGUCGUCGACGACGGUGUCGACGGGCCAGAUCUUCAUCGCCGAGGACCAGAGCGCCCAGCUCAUGGCCCUGGACCCCUACGCCACCCACACCGAGAUCAACCGCACCACCAACGACAUUGACUCCAUCUACGCCGGCGAGACCGCCAACGGCUACGACCCCACCAUUUCCAUUGUGCCCCUCGAUGGCGAGAAUAUUGAGAAUGGUGUCGUUGGCUAUAUCACCAUUGGUGUCGACUCUGCCACCAAGAGGAAGAUGAAGCGCGACCUGAUGAAGCACUAA